UGACGCGCUGUGCACGGUGGGCAGGAAGAGUGCGCGCGUGUGAGCUGUACAGAGGCGCAUUGAUCGCUCGCGGAGCACAGACGCGGAACACGCUCCAGCACGAUGCGCUUCUGACGCGGAAUCGAGUCCAUUCUCACCGCAGAACUCGCGUCGAGCAGCAGCAGCGGCGGCCGCGCCCGAACGCGCAGAACGGGCUGGAUUCAGCGGAUUGAGCACAGCAGGGCGGCUCAAAGCGGGUGCACGCGGCGCGUUUCAGAAGAGAGAGAGAGAGAGAGCGCGCACGCACGCACGCGCGAGAGAGACACUGCCCGUGCUUCAGGAGCCAUGAGAGAAUACAAAGUGGUCGUGUUGGGAUCCGGCGGCGUGGGAAAAUCGGCUUUGACCGUGCAGUUCGUCACCGGGUCCUUCAUCGAGAAGUACGACCCGACGAUAGAGGACUUCUACCGCAAGGAGAUCGAGGUGGACUCGUCGCCGUCGGUGCUGGAGAUCCUGGACACGGCGGGCACCGAGCAGUUCGCCUCCAUGCGCGAUCUGUACAUCAAGAACGGCCAGGGCUUCAUCCUCGUCUACAGUCUGGUCAACCAGCAGAGCUUCCAGGACAUCAAGCCCAUGCGGGACCAGAUCAUCCGCGUCAAGCGCUACGAGCGGGUGCCGAUGAUCCUGGUGGGGAAUAAGGUGGAUCUGGAGGGCGAGCGGGAAGUCUCUUCCGGGGAGGGAAAAGCCCUGGCGGACGACUGGAACUGCCCGUUCAUGGAAACUUCAGCCAAAAAUAAAGGAUCGGUGGACGAACUGUUCGCGGAGAUCGUCCGGCAGAUGAACUACGCCUCGGCGCCGAACGGAGACGAUCAGUGCUGCGCGUCCUGCGCGAUCCUUUAGAGCGAGCGCGUCAGUAGCGGCUCUUUCUCGUUUGUUGCCAUGGUGUCGCAGGAUUUCUGUACUGUUGAGCUACGCGUCUCCUCACGAGGAGGAGGAGGAGGAGGAGGAGGAGAGCCUGGGAAUAGUGAAUCACUCUUCAGGAAUUCUGCGAAGAUGUCAUUGAUGUCAACACAAGUGUCUUGCACUCACAACUGGAACUUUAACCCCAAAAACGUGGAAAACUGAGACACACAGGAGGAGUUUGGCUACGUUUGACGCGCCGGGCCGGACGGAGCGCGUGGACUCGGAAACCCUUGUUGUGAAUCGUUCAAAGUAUUGCUUUUAGUCUGUCUGCGGGUGACGCCGCUCUUCAAACCACUUUCACGUGCCACUUCCCCUCCUCCUCGAGCGCCGCACGAGGACUUUACUAUUUUGACGCGAGGAGCUUUACGUCGUCGCGUCGAGUGCCUUCCAAAAAGAGUUUAGUGCCAACCUGCAGGAGUCUCAGUCCACACAGUACUUAACAGUUACGCUUGCCGAUGGUCUCGGGGCUGAACGACGUUUAUAAGGCCUGUUGUCAACGGAAUGUUGUUUUGUUUUUGUUUUUGGCCUUUGAGUAAAAAUCUUUCUGGCUUUUUCCUCAACUACAGGUACUGAAGCCCCAGACUCAAAACCACAAACCACUGUCUCUAGACCAGUUUUAAAUCAGAUCUUUUGUUUUGUUUUUAACAAAUGUGAUGUACCAUUGAAAUUCUAAUCCGAUUGUACGUUUAAUUUCAGACGAGCCUUUUAACAGCUCUCUGAUUGUUUUAAAGAGACUUUUAAUACAUGCAUUUUUAAAAAAAAAAAGUGUUUUGUUUGCCCUCCUUUUGUUCACGCUGAAAAUGAAAGCUGCGAUGUUAUCUUGAUUGACAGGUCCGAUGCUCUCUGGUGAUGCUGUGAACACACGAGGCGUUGCGUUUGGAGUUACGGUGUCGGCUCGUGUAGCGGUCACGUGACUCGCAUGCCGGCCAGCGGGUUCAAACGGAAAUGACUUAAAGACGCACGGCUUCUAAAACACGUGUCACGAAUGUUUGGUCAAGGCUUAGAAAUAGCAGAUGCCUUUUCGGCCGUGUUUAACAUCAGGCGUUGGCCCUGCGCGUAAUUAUACAUGUGUGAAGUAUUGCUGUGUCCCAAACGGGUUAAUAUACGGUCUUGCAUUUUUCACUUAAACCUCAGGAACUGAAGGUAAUAACGGAGUCACCAGUUGCCAUUUUAGAAACACUUUGUUGGCCUGUUUGGGUCAUCUUUAUCAUGGAAACUUGCCAUCAGUCUGUGUUUGACUGUUAGAAAGAGAAAUCCUGUCUUCAUUCACUCGCCCUCGUGUUUUGUGUUGGGAACCAAACGGUUUUGACUUCCAUCUUUUAACAAAGAAAGUCACAGUUUUGGAGUGACGUGAGGGCGAGUAAAUGAAUCAAGAUGUUUGUUUUUUGGGUGAACGAUCCUUUUAAUCUCCAUAAGCUCUUGACACUUUUAAAGGUCCCUUUCAGAGAGGAAGUGAAGAUCGAGCGCUGUUCUCCUUCAGCAUCUCUCAAUGGUGCAAGUUUCACUUCCUCGAGCUCACAUGUUGGCACACUGUUGUUGUUUUUUUGUUGUUUUUUUAUGUGUUUGACUAACAGGAAGUGCUCAUCAGCUGAUUUGUAGUCAGUUAUCGCAGUCACAGGUCUUCUGGUGUCGGUGUCAUGUGGUCUCGUCGUGUGAAGAUUCUUGCCCAGUUUCUCAAAUUAAACUGCACGUUUGAGCGGCUUUAGCUGAAAGUAACUUCAGUAAUGUUUAUAAGAGCCUGAUUGAAGUAAGGCCUAACCCUGGCUUAAUCUAAGCCCUGUCUGUGGAGCCGGGCCGCUGUUUUCUCUGGAUCCAUGCAUGUUACUGUCUGAUUUCGCUAUCGAUCAGCAUCAGGGCCGUGUGUAUCGAUCGCUCUUGUCCUCGUGUGUGAGAUGUGCUGUUGUUCAGUCCUCUGCUGCGAGAGGAAGUGUUGCAGCGCAGCUUGAGAGCGUGUGGGUGUUGUUCCUGUGUGCCCGUCACCAUCAUCAUCAGCUCUGAUUUUCAGGGUUUUGAGGGUUUAGUUCACCAUCUUCAGCGCUUUUUCUUUGGUCACACUGACUUCUGUCCUCCUCUGUGCCGCAGUCAGUGUUAUUUUAUCAUCAUUCAGAUGCUGUUUUGUGUUUUUUUUUUUAUUUACACUUACAUUUUACACUUUAUUUUAAUGUGUCCUUGUUACGGAGUACGUUUAAGCACCAAGUAAUAUUAACUAACCGCAUAUAUUCACUAUGUGGUCAGGAGAAGGGUUUGGUUUAGGGUACUAAAGUGGGUAACACUUUAUUUUACAGUGUCCUUGUUACAUAUAUUAACUACAUGUAACAUAGUAAUAACUAUUAAUUAUGCAUAAUUACAUGCAACUAACCCUAAACCAAACCUUAUAGUAAGUACAUGAAGAUAACUAUUAUUACUCAGUAAUAAAAUGUAUAAUUACAGUGUAACAAGGACACCUUUAAAUAAAGUGUUACCAAUUU